AAAAUCUUCGCGCUGAGAGCUGCGGCUGAACCCGUUAUGAGCUCCGUUGUAGAGUCGGAUAUGUUUCCGGUUAAAUAACUCAUUCUGCUGAACGCUGGGGAUAUAUAAUUGUUUCAAAAGUGGUUGACCUGAGCUUUAAACCAACGACCAUGCCUGAAGGAGAAGUGUGCAGCCACGUGAAAGUGGUGGUCCGUGUCCGCCCUUUAAACACCAAGGAAACGGAAGGAAACUCUGGAAAAGUAGUGCGUGUGGUGGAUAACCGCAUGCUCAUCUUCGACCCCAAAGAGACGGAAGUAACGUUUUUCCGUGGCCAGAAAUCAGGAAACAGGGAUCUGAGGAAACGAACGAAUAAAGACCUGACGUUUGUGUUCGACCAUGUCUUCGGAGAGGAUUCGACGCAAAUGGAAGUGUUCGAAAACACCACGAAGGGAGUGGUUGAUGGAGUUCUGAACGGCUACAACUGUACAGUGUUUGCUUAUGGAGCCACCGGAGCGGGGAAGACACACACUAUGUUGGGCAGCAAUGAAAACCCAGGUGUGAUGUACCUCACUAUGAAAGAGCUCUUCAAAAGAAUGGACCUAACCAAGGAUGAGAAAGUGUUCGAGCUGGCGUACUCUUAUCUAGAGGUUUAUAAUGAACAGAUUCGCGACCUCCUGGUGAACUCGGGUCCACUCGCCGUGCGAGAAGAUGGUACAAAAGGAGUGGUGGUCCAAGGCCUGACUCUUCACAAGUCUGAAUCCGCUGAGCACAUCCUUGAAGCUCUGGAUUUCGGUAACAGAAAUAGAACGCAGCACCCUACUGACGUGAACGCCUCGUCCUCGCGGUCCCAUGCCGUGUUUCAGAUUUACCUGAGGCAGCAGGAAAAGACAGCUUGUCUUAAUCCAAACGUACGCGUGGCCAAGAUGAGUCUGAUUGACCUGGCCGGUUCAGAAAGGGCCAGCGCUACCAACGCUAAAGGAGCUCGCCUCCGGGAAGGAGCCAACAUCAACCGCUCUCUCCUCGCCCUGGCCAACGUCAUCAACACGCUCGCCGACCCAAAGAGUAAGAAGACUCACAUCCCGUAUAGAGACAGCAAGCUGACGCGGUUGCUGAAGGACUCUCUGGGCGGGAACUGUAGAACCGUGAUGAUCGCGAACGUUAGCCCGGCGUCGCUAUCAUACGAGGACACGCACAACACACUCAAGUAUGCCAACCGGGCCAAGGAGAUCAAGUCCACACUAAAAAGUAACGUUGUGAGCGUGGACAGUCACGUGGGACAGUAUGCAGUCAUAUGUGAGAAACAGAAGGCUGAGAUCACGCUGCUGAAACAGAAACUGAAAGAGUACGAGGAGCGGAAGACUCAGCCUCCUGCCCAUAACCCAAUCUUCAUCCAGAAAAAAGCCGAACUCGAGAAAAUGUCCGAGUCUCUGCGCAGCGCGUUUGCCGCGCGGCUUCUGCUGCGUAAGGAGCAGCUGGACAUCGAGAAGCAGCUGAAGGAGAACCGUCUGAGGCUCAGUCACAGGGAGGAGUGGCACCAACAGGGCCUGCUAUUCUUCCCAGAUGACAAAGCAGAGAAGGCCACCUGUAAGUAUGAACGUAAGCUGGCAUCCCUGCAGUCUUACUGGCAGCACCUGCAGAGGCGUUUGGAGGAAGCUGGGAGGCGCUUCGAGGAGAAUGAAGGUUGGCUUCACCGCCUCGAAAACGAGAUGAAGCUGCUCGGGGAAGACGGACACACUCCAGAGGAGCUUAAAAAGGAGCUGCAUUGCCACAGGCUGAAUCUACAGGUGGCUGAUCUGCAGCAGCACAUCGAACACAUGCACUAUCUCGUCAGUCUGCAGGACCAGGAGAACAAACACACACACAAACUGGUUCACGCCCUACUUCCUGCCUACCGCCGCCAACACCUGGCCCUGAAAGCGGCGGGCAUCUCCACGGACGACGCGGAGCAGGAGGAGCUGGAGCACCUGGUGCAGAGAGAACGGGGCGUGGUGUGGGCCGACCAGGAGAACACAGAAGAACCGGUCAAGUCCACAGAGAACACCGUUCUUCUACCCAUGCUGUCGUUCUCUCACCUCCUCGCUCAUCAGAGCACGCCAUGCAGUGCAGAGAAACACACACGCAGAGUCUCCCAGCGGCUCAAACACUCCCACUCACCAAAAGGCGUGACCCAGGGCGAGGCGCAUACGUCUGAAACUGCGCCUAAAAUGCCAAUCAGAAGGAAGUUGGCCAUUUCUCCAGUGAAGCCGGGCUCGGGAAGCGAAUGUUCAGUGCCGUCUCACUGUCCUCCAGGCCUGCAGGAGGUCCUGCGUCAAGAGGGAAUGUACCCGUUGCCUAACACACCCUGCAACGCUCCAGUCUCCAUCCACCUUGACUCCACUUUCGACGUGGGCCGAGACGAACAGGACGAGGAGACGACUCAGCUCAACAGCACAAUAAUCCUGUCCUCCAAACCAUCUGAGCCUCUUGCAGGUUCAGGCAUGACAUAUCUCCGUGUUCUACGCGCCAACAACGCCAACAACGAGGGCCCUAAAAGGUUGGAGAUCCCGUCUCUUCUUGACCUGCGAUCCAAACCGUCCUACAUGGCCAUGACAUCAGCAGCGCAGGGCAAGCGCAAGCUCAACUGCAUGGGAAAAGAGACGGGCCUAGAUACUACCCAGGGUGCUGCAGCUCCGAAGCGUAUUAAACGCGAUCCCUCCGAUACCACCAAACCACUCCGUGUGAAACGCUUUGGAGCAUCAUCAUCCGAAAACGAGCCAAGCAGGAGAGUGGUGCGCAGCAUAUCCGAGGGAAACCUUCAUCAACUCGGCCUUCGGAAGCCCAAGUCCGCAUUUCUGGGCCCGGCUGCCUUGUUCAAGAAAGUCAAAAAAAGGAUGUGAAAUUUGCCACUGUGGAUUACCACUCGAACACACGUCUUCUGAAAGCCUGAUGCACUGAACGUUCUCUUCAUCUCUGUCUCUGAUAGUCACACACAUACAUACAUACACGUCUGUCUUAUGUCAAUUGUGAGGAAAUUCCUAAAGGUUUUAAACUGGGCAAAGUUAAUAUGAAUGUUGUGUUUGUUGUUGUUUUUUUAAAUGUACAGCAUUUUAGUGGAAUUAAAGUAACUUUGUACAAAGACUGUUUUAAUCCAGUGUCAAGUAAAAAAACUUGUUCUUAGUUCAUAAUGCUUAGUUUUUGUCAAUAGAUUGUUUCAGCAGUUUAGACCUAUAUUAAGGUAAGGCAUUGUAAUAAAAAGCUUUGGACACUUUUGCUGAGUGUGAAGUUGCUUGUUUUGGGAUAAUUGCCACACAUCAUGUACUAUAAAACCUCAUUUUUAGUGUAAUGGUUUUACACGAUUAAUAAAUAGGAUUCCAUUAAACCAUAAUUGUUCUUUAGGUUGAAAAGUCAAUAAAUUACUAAAUGUCUCAUUUUAAUAAGCAUGUAAAUAGUAUCAGUAAAAAAACAAGGGGUGUUCAAAAACGUCACCCCGGACUUUUAAUUGUGCAGAAUAAUAGAGCACGGUUAUGAGAAUAAAAAAAAACUAACUUUAUUUCUCUA